AAGCGCGGGCUGCGGCGGGCCAAGAUGGCGGCAGCGGCGGCGGCGGCGGCAGCGACCGAGCAGCAAGGGUCCAACGGGCCAGUGAAGAAAUCCAUGCGGGAGAAGGCUGUGGAGCGGAGGAAUGUUAACAAAGAGCACAACAGCAAUUUCAAAGCUGGAUAUAUCCCCAUCGAUGAGGACCGGCUCCAUAAGACUGGGCUGAGGGGGCGAAAGGGCAACUUAGCCAUCUGCGUGAUCGUCCUCCUGUUUAUCCUGGCCGUCAUCAAUCUACUCAUUACACUUGUCAUCUGGGCGGUGAUCCGCAUUGGGCCAAAUGGGUGUGAUAGCAUGGAGUUCCACGAGAGCGGUCUGCUGAGGUUCAAGCAAGUGUCUGACAUGGGCGUCAUCCACCCGCUUUAUAAGAGCACGGUGGGAGGACGGCGGAAUGAAAACCUGGUCAUCACUGGCAACAACCAGCCAAUUGUCUUCCAGCAAGGGACGACCAAGCUGAGUGUUGAAAAGAACAAGACCUCCAUCACCAGCGACAUCGGGAUGCAGUUUUUUGACCCAAGGACACACAAUAUCCUGUUCAGCACGGACUAUGAGACGCACGAGUUUCAUCUGCCAAGUGGGGUGAAAAGUUUGAACGUUCAGAAAGCAUCGACUGAAAGGAUUACCAGCAAUGCUACCAGUGACUUAAACAUCAAAGUCGAUGGGCGUGCAAUUGUGCGAGGCAACGAAGGCGUCUUCAUCAUGGGCAAAACCAUUGAAUUUCACAUGGGAGGAGAUGUGGAGUUAAAAGCUGAAAACAGCAUCAUCCUCAACGGCACGGUGAUGGUCAGCCCUACGCGCCUGCCCAGUUCCUCCAGCGGGGACCAGUCAGGGAGUGGUGACUGGGUGCGCUACAAGCUCUGCAUGUGUGCAGAUGGCACACUCUUCAAAGUACAAGUAACAGGUCACAACAUGGGCUGCCAGGUCUCAGACAACCCUUGUGGGAACACUCAUUAGACGGUGCAUCCGCAGGGCUCAGCGCGCUCAGAUCUGACUUGACCUUCCCCUUUUUAAGAAUGCAUGUGAACCAUGUUUGUACAGCGUUUGCCAUAACUUGUAAUUAUUUUACCUGGGGAGCACCACUGUGUCUAUUAUGUACUCUCCAUAUUUAAGGGAUCUUGAGUGCCUACAUUCUAAUACAUUUUAGUAAGUUGCACUGAUACUCAACAGUUCUCUAAAACAAUGAUGAGAAAUUAAUAAAAUAAAAUUAAUCUUUGAAGUGUUUUUAACAUUCUACUAUAUCUUGUCCUAGAGGACAAAGGGCUGAAGUGGUUGAGACACUCCAUCAGUAAGCCUUGGUCAUUCUAAGGGAGAGAUCCACUAGAGAUGUUUGGAGAGACAGGGACACUGUGCUCUGUCUUUGGUUUUUAAAAGGGAAGGCACAGAUUUUUAAUGCAUUAACCCAAAGCUACAUUUUCACAAACAAGUCAUUAAGGAGCUUUCCAUAUAUAAGCUUGUAAGAAACUAUGUUUCCUUAGUUUUGCACUAAAGAAAAUACUGUCAUGGUAUGUUUACUUGAAAUAAUGAUACAUGUAUUUACGGUGUGUGGACGUUAAACGCAAUCACAGUUCUCACUCUCGUGAGCAACAGAAGCCAUCAUCAUCAGGCCUCUUCUUGCUGAGCACUGUCCUGGGUGCGAUACACUUGAUCUCUCUGACUCCCACUGCACCUCUCUAAGCAAGGGCUUCGAUCCCAGCUUUACCCAUCAGGAAACUGAAGGUCAGCGAGGUUCAGGAUGCUGCCCCAUACUAUACAGGGUUGGGAGUCAAGUACAAUUCCAACCCAGGUAAACCUGAUUCCAAAUGUGUUUCUGCCUUUUUUACUAUCUACACUGAAUUUUCAACUAUUUAAAACUCUCAAAGAAUGGGAAAAACCUAAUCCUAAUUCACCUAACAGGUAAAAAAACAAGCAUGUGUGCUACUCUAGUUAAAAUGCCAAUGCUAGAAAAACAUGACCAAUCACUGUCAGACUUUAAACUCUCUUGAGCCAGUUCUAAGAUGUCAUUCAAUAGACAGACCAGCUUGGUCUGCUUGUCAUGUGGGAGUACCUGAAUGAGUUAUAGAGAAGCUGGCAUACUUUUCCCUAAACCCUGGGGAAGCUCAGUGGAAAGGGGGGAAGCUAGGCCUCAGUAGGUCCUGCUGUCCAGAGGUUGUUCCUCCUGUGUCCCAUACCAGCAUCACCCUUUAGAAGAAUUCUGUGUGUGCCUAGAAAUUAAUAUACACGAGAAUAAAGGGUGCUAACUGGAAAGAUGACGCAGGUCAUUUUAGCUAGGUAUAAAACCUUGAUCUCUGCUCCUCACCUCAGUCUCAUUUUAAUUAAUUACAGCCCUCAAGCCAGUUGAUUCUUAGUACAGUUUAUACUUGAUUUAAAAGGAAUUUCUUGGUAUUACUAAGAAACAUGGGAUUGGGGAUGAAGAAUAAUGCAUAGCUCCAAAGCAGACAGUAGGGAGGCACCAUGGGCCUAGCUACAGAGAAGGAUGUUGGUACUCUGUCAUGGUCACUUAGAACUGUGUGGGUAAAAAAUGAGCACAUAAAACAAUUCGUGUUCACUGUUGUCACAAUUCUGUCAAAUGAAAAAAUGAAAUACCUUAUAGACUGUGAACUCAGGCUAAGGUGAGAGUUGACUGGAGACCAGACACUAAGUGCAGAUUUUAGAUGUAAAGAAAGAGAGCAAUUUAUACCUCUGGAUAUAUUCAAGUAUUGUUUAAUAACUAAAUAAUGCUCAGAAAAAUCACGCUUGGAAUUCUCAUGUCCAUGCUCAGUGUAUUUUUAAAUUGUACAUUUGUUUCAUGUUCUAUUUAAAUUUGUUUUGAGAAUUUCUUUAAAUAAAUAUUUUUACUAAAUCCACAGAACCCUAUAUUACAAAGUAUUAUUUACUGAAUACAAUUCAUGAGAAAAAAGUGUAUUUUUACGUCUGUGGGAAACACUUGUGUUUUGAUACAUCUCCAUUGAGCACUUUGAAGUUUGAGCAUAUCCUGCUGCUCUGUAAAGCGCGUGGUUACUAGGUAUGCUAUUUUAGACUGCAUUUUGGGUAGACCCUCUGACACACUGACCUGAAAGCAGAGAAGCGGAGCUUGGUGCACAGUGAAGCGGCACUGUUAAAUCUGGCCACCAGGGGGCGUAUGCCUUCUCAUGUGUUCAUUUCUUCGGUUUUGAACAUAGCACACUGAGAGGACUUACUGCAGCGCUGGGGAAGGUAGGUGCAGGAAGGACCCAGGGAGGAAAGCAAACACACAUUUAACAGACAGUAUUCGAGAGGUGAAUAUCAAUGCAAAGAGAUAGAAAUAAAAAGAAGACCCCUUCCAGACUGUCCAGUGAGAGGUUGGGGGGUGGGGGAUACACAACACAAAGCAGGAGCUACCUGCCGACUCGGCAACCUUUUAAAAUAUUCUUCGGUGGCAAUCUUCUUGCACUGUGACAGAAGCAAAAUAAACUUUGUGUGAUAGUUUUGGUGAUGAAAGGUAGAAUUUCUACCUGUUUUUGAUGAGUGGUUUGUGUUUUCUUGUUUGUUUGUUUUUUGCUUUUUUAAAGGAGUUAAAAACUUGUUUUUAACUUGAUGAAGAGGAGACCACUAAAGUGCUGCUCAUGGUAAUCUUUUGAACGACAUCAAGAGGGGCAAAGUUUACAAGUUAUGCCACACAAAAAUAUACCUAUGUAUUUCAGAUUGAUGACCUCUGUUUACAAUAAAGCUCUGUGAACUUGGC